AUGGCAAAACCCGACAGUCCGUUUAAUAUUCGAGUGACUCAAUAUUCAGCACCGCAUUCAGUUAUUCCACCUCGAUACAUUGAAUCAUGGCGUCGUGACAUAGUCAAUCGGGAAUUAAUUAUUAAUAACGCCCAUCAAGGAAAUAUUCCACAUUAUGAACAUGAUGAUGCUCUUUAUUUUAAUAAACGUGAGCAAAUGUAUUAUAAUGUUGAACCUCGUGAUCGAGUUGAUAAAAAAUAUACGCUUCCAUCACGAUCUGAUCAACUUCAACCACAAUUUCAUGAAAUAUAUGAUCGUCAUCGUUCAUCAUUAUUAAGUCGUUAUGAUCCGCAAAAUAAUUUCAAGAAAAAAUAA